GUCCCUUCUACCCAGGACCUGCCCUGGUCUACCUGGGCUCUACUACAGGUGACGAGGGAGUGGGAGCGGGGCGCACGACAGGGCCUGAGGCUGGCUCAGAGGCUGGCGUUCUGUUACCAGCCGUGUUUGGGUGUUUUGUAAGUCUCUUACAGCUGCGGGGAGACGCCCAGAACCAAGCCUUUGAACGCUGAAGGAACUCGAGAGCAAGAGCUAGUUGCCACUGAGUUACACUGAUGAAGACACUGCGCCUAGGGCUGAGGAUGUAGCUCUAUGGUAGAGUGCUUGCCAAGCAUGUGCCAGGCCGGCCAGGGGAGAGAAGGGACGGUGGGGGAGAACAACUCUUACAACUGAAAAGUGCAGCUUCCCAAGGUCUCCUGGAUAAGAUGCAAUGGAGCCAGGCUUCGAGCUGGUGCCUGGGCCUCUGCUUCUGCUAUCCAGACCCAAGUCUUUUACCAAUGGAGGAUCAGAGAGCAUCUAAAACCAGAGCAGACGCAGAUCAGUUUAACUCAGAAUGGACAGCCAUCUCCAGAAUAGUCUGUUGGGGACGGAGAGACCCCAUCAUCCAGAGUGUGUGUGUACCCGAUGUCUGUAUAGUCCCUCUGUGGACAUCUGCGCCUCUCGGGCCUUCAGCCAAGACUUCCGGCAGUAAUUAGAGGUUCUCUAUAAGCUGCUUCAGGUGCUGCUGGAGGCAAAACCAUGCUCACAUUCAUGGCCUCUGACAGCGAGGAAGAGGUAUGCGAUGAGCGGACAUCCUUGAUGUCAGCUGAGAGCCCGGAGGGCCGGCCAGGACCGGAGGAUGCAGACAGCACUGCCCAGUGGAGGAGCCAGGACAGCGAGGAAGACUGUGAGGAGGAUCCAGACCGCUACACCUGCCACGGGGUUCCUGGGCAGCCGCCGGGCCUGGAGGAAGAGCUGACCCUCAAGUAUGGGGCGAAGCAUGUGAUCAUGCUGUUUGUGCCUGUCACGCUGUGCAUGGUUGUGGUGGUGGCCACCAUCAAGUCCGUGCGCUUCUACACGGAGAAGAAUGGGCAGCUCAUCUACACCCCCUUCACGGAGGACACGCCCUCAGUGGGCCAGCGGCUCCUCAACUCCGUGCUGAACACCCUCAUCAUGAUCAGCGUCAUCGUGGUCAUGACCAUCUUCCUGGUGGUACUCUACAAGUAUCGCUGCUACAAGUUCAUCCAUGGCUGGCUGAUCAUGUCCUCCCUGAUGCUCCUGUUCUUGUUCACCUACAUCUACCUCGGGGAAGUGCUCAAGAGCUACAACGUGGCCAUGGACUAUCCCACACUCUUCCUGGCCAUCUGGAACUUCGGGGCAGUGGGCAUGGUGUGCAUCCACUGGAAGGGGCCGCUGCUGCUGCAGCAGGCCUACCUCAUCGUCAUCAGCGCACUCAUGGCCCUGGUGUUCAUCAAGUACCUGCCGGAGUGGUCCGCCUGGGUCAUCUUGGGUGCCAUCUCUGUGUACGAUCUUGUGGCUGUGCUGUGCCCCAAAGGGCCACUGAGAAUGCUGGUGGAAACUGCCCAGGAGAGAAAUGAGCCCAUAUUUCCUGCCCUGAUAUAUUCGUCUGCCAUGGUGUGGACAGUGGGCAUGGCAAAGCUAGACCCCUCCUCCCAAGGAGCGCUGCAGCUCCUCUAUGACCCAGAGAUGGAGGAAGACUCCUAUGACAGUUUUGGGGAGCCCUCCUACCCUGAAGCCUUUGAAGCCCCCCUGCCUGGCUACCCAGGGGAAGAGCCGGAAGAAGAGGAGGAAAGGGGCGUGAAGCUCGGCCUGGGAGACUUCAUCUUCUAUAGCGUCCUGGUGGGCAAGGCAGCAGCCGCUGGCAAUGGAGACUGGAACACCACCCUGGCUUGCUUUAUCGCCAUCCUCAUUGGUUUGUGCCUGACCCUGCUGCUGCUCGCAGUGUUCAAGAAGGCCCUGCCCGCCCUCCCCAUCUCCAUCACCUUCGGCCUCAUCUUUUACUUCUCCACAGACAACCUGGUGCGUCCUUUCAUGGACACGUUGGCCUCCCACCAGCUCUACAUCUGACGGGAGACAGGGUGUGGCCCUCAGAGCCGUAGGAACCUUCUCUGGAUGCAAGUGACUAGUUUUACACUCUAGUGCCAUAUUUUUUUUUAAAACAAACUUUUUUUUCCUUACAAAAAAAAAAAAGAAUAAAAAAGUGUUGUGUUUACUUCGCAAUGAGGAAGCAGAAGCUGCUGUUUGGUGCUAGUUGUCCUGUCACCAGACUGUGGCUUUCCUGCCUCUGCACCUACCUGUGGCACCGGUGGAAUGCCCAGCAAGCGUAUCUUCAGGGAUGAGGUCACGCGUGUGGAUCAGGCUGUGGAGGACUUGGGCCCCGUCCAGGUCUGUAAUCCUCCAGGGCCGAGUAGAAGGAACAUGUGCGUCUGGGAUCAGGAAGGAUGCUCAGCACCAUCACCCCGACCAGAGGAGCAAAGCCAGUUUGCAGCCAUGAAUGUUCCCAGUGCUUUGUUCGUGGUGUCUCUGUUACUUUAGAACCUUUAGAAGCUGAGUCCUGUUCUUACUACUGCAGUGACUGCUGGGAAGUGGCUUAAUAUUAAUACCAAUAAAUAGAUGCUCCUGUUGGAA